AUAUUUUCGAAAUUCAAUUCAAUUAAUAACACCAUAAAAUACACUCUGUUUACACAUAAAUAUCGAUUUACGACUCCUUACCACGUUUAUUUGGUUACAAUAUCUCAUAAAGAUAACUAGUACAGAGAUAGUUCUAUGACAAAACUGCAGGGCGAUCCAGUCUGACUACAGAUGGUCAUAUUAUGGAAAUUGUGUCUCAACGUAGAGAUAAGUGAAGGUUACAUGUAAAUUAUACAGCGACCGCCGCUGAAUAACUAUUGCAUAUCGAGGUCUCCGAAGAUCCGAUAAACGCGAACGUCGAAGUGUAAAACAAGAGAAAGACGUUCCAUUCAAAUGAAACACAUCAGUGUCAUAUUUCAUUAGUGCGCGCGUUCACGAGACCGGCAUAUGAAUUCGCGGAAGCGAGAUACAAACGGCGGCAAACGUCGGAGGCGGCAACCCUCGGGUCCGGCUCGAGGCUGGCAACACCGGUACUCCCGUCCUAGUAGGGUGUUUAUUCUGCCGCGUAUAUCGACCGGCGGGCGGUCCCGCGGGCGCGCGCCGCCCGGCUCAGUCGCCUCCGCCGCGCGCUCCGACCCGCUCGUCUUCUACACCACGUGACAGCUGCCGACAACAACCCGCUGGGUUACAAACACUAAUAAACUGUCACAACUCAUACCACUAGUUGGUGACCCCAUCCCGCCGCGGACGUUCAAUGUGAUCGAACAUACUAAUACCUUGUGUCAUGUGAGAGUGCUGCAAAGCUUGCAAAUCUUCAGGCGGCUGUCUAAACGGUGUAGAAGGAGCUCCAAAGGUCAUACAAACAUGAUUCAAUCAAAUAGAUUUACGAGAAGAAAAUGAGAUACAGCCCGAAGGCUGCGUUCACCUCAUUGAAAAGCUAAUACUGUGAUUUUGAGAUAUGGCGCGUGAAUUUAAAAUGUCGUAGGAAAGUUGAGGUGAUGUGUUAGUUUAUUAUGGGAGCCGCAUGGAGUCGCGUGCGCAGAUGAGUCACACGCUACCGACCAAGCACCGGCCUGAGGCAACCUACAGGAGUUGCUCGCAGUCUUUGCCGCUCGAUAUUCUAUGGUUGCCGCGGUCGUCGUUCCGGCCGGCGGAGGGCGAGCUGGCAGACUGCGUGCUGGUGGUGGGCGUGUCGCGGCCCAAGCUCGCCGCGGCGCUGCUGUCCGUCACGCUGCUGUCGCUGUUCCUCACCUUCCAUGUGCUCUAUGACAGCGCGCUGUAUAGCAUACAGGCGGCGAGCAUGGCAUCGGCCGCAAGUGAAGGCCGCAAGAUUUUGCAAAGCCAAGAAAGUAACAGCAGGACGAUCAACCAUCCGAUGGCGCUGCGGAAGCGGUUGCGACCUCCAAGACAACCUAGACCUGCACGCAGACUCCCACAGGCUCUAAUAAUAGGCGUCCGUAAAUGCGGAACCCGCGCCUUACUUGAGAUGCUGUACCUCCAUCCGAUGGUACAGAAGGCUUCCGGAGAAGUCCACUUCUUCGACCGAGAUGAAAACUACGCGCUUGGACUGGAGUGGUACAGGAGUAAGAUGCCACUGUCCUUUAAAGGACAGAUCACUAUUGAGAAGAGUCCAAGUUAUUUUGUGACUCCAGAGGUACCGGAAAGGGUACGAGCUAUGAACUCCUCAGUCCGUCUACUGCUCAUAGUCCGGGAGCCAGUGACUCGAGCUAUCUCCGACUACACACAGCUGAGGAGUCGCGCGACACCAUCGGCACCAGCUCUCCAACUACCCGGCCAUCCAGUGCCGGAUGCCGCGAAGCCUUUUGAACAUCUCGCUAUCUCACCUGAUGGAUCCAUUAAUAUCGCAUACAGGCCGAUAGCUAUAUCUCUGUAUCACGCCUACCUCCAUCGGUGGCUGGAAGUGUUCCCGCGGGAGCAGAUACUAGUGGUGAACGGGGACCUGCUAAUUGAAGAUCCUGUACCGCAAUUGCGACGCAUUGAGAAGUUCCUUGGGCUCGAACAUAAAAUUGGUAGAAAGAAUUUCUAUUUCAACGAAACGAAAGGCUUUUAUUGCCUAAGAAAUGACACCACAGACAAAUGUCUGCGGGAGACGAAGGGUCGAAAGCAUCCUCGAGUUGACCCUGCCGUCGUCACCAAGUUAAGGAAGUUCUUCAUCCAGCACAACCAGAGGUUUUACGACCUCAUCGGCGAAGACCUGGGCUGGCCAGAAGACUAAGGAUUGAGGAAGGGCCAUCACCCUGAUGGCUGAACUAUCUCGUUGUGAUGAACAUAUCAAAUACAUAUCAUGAUACAUAUCACUAGUCAGUAACGUUUUUUAAAGUCGUUUAUGUAUACAUCUAGCGUAAUCUAAACUAAGAAACCCGAAGAGAUAUUUUAUUUAUACCUAGCAACGUUUUAAUUAUAUUAUUAGAGAUUUUAAAUUUUAAUACGAUAUUAGGCAAUGUUUUAAUUGUUUUUCGGUUUGUUAUCUUGGAAGUCUAAAUUUGAGAGGUAACGUCUUAGAAUGGGAACAACACGAAUACAUGGUUACGUGGCUUGUUUAGACUUACAAAUUUCAUUAUUGUUUUUAUAAACAAAUUAAUAAUAGAUUUUCCACAGGCAAAUUCAAAGCACUGAUUUGAUAGACCGACCCACUGAAACCCUGAGCAAUAUAUUUUUAUAUAUAAUUAAGUAUUGUAUUAA